UGCGGUCGUCCCGUGAGCCAACGGAACGCUGGAAGCUUCCAGGUAAACUCCUCCAGACAAAGCAGCAGCCGCGAGCGCCCUGCAGCUCAACCCAGAGUCCGUCCACGCGCACGGCCGCCGGCCUCGCCCGGCGCAGUGAAAGCACGGCGAGAAAACCAUUUGACUUGCCGUCCCACUCCCACCGAGUAGCCGCCAUUAAACUACGCAUCGUCCACACGAGGAGUCCAGCAACGGGACAGACAGAGAGACAGAUAGCCAGACGGGGGUCGCCGACGCGCGCGGACGGGCAGAAGGCGCCGGCUCAAAGAUUUCCGGGCAGAGCGGCGAUCUGAUCUCAUCUCAGGUCAGUUGUUCUUCGUGAAUCGUGAGCAUCUCUUGGGCUGCUGCCGCUCGCAUCACGGGAGGGUCAACGCCUGCAGGAAGCUCCCCCUUUGACGUGCUAGCCGCCGCAGCCGCCGGCGAGUCGGCUCGAUCCAUGGGCUGCGCUUCGUCGUCGAAGCGGCGCAGGCGCGCGCCGGGGUACGAAGACCCCGCCGUGCUCGCCGCCCAGACCUCGUUCACGGUGAACGAGGUGGAGGCGCUGUACGAGCUCUACAAGAAGCUCAGCUUCUCCAUCAUCAAAGACGGCCUCAUCCACAAGGAGGAGUUCCAGCUCGCCUUGUUCAGGACCAGCAAGGGAGCCAACCUCUUCGCCGACAGGGUCUUCGACCUCUUCGAUCUCAAGCGCAACGGCGUCAUCGAGUUCGGGGAGUUCGUGCGCUCGCUCAGCAUAUUCCACCCAAAGGCAUCUGAAUCGGACAAGACCAAGUUUGCAUUCAAAUUGUAUGAUUUAAGGGGCACAGGCUACAUCGAGAAAGAAGAGCUCAGAGAGAUGGUCCUGGCACUUCUUGACGAGUCCGAUCUGUGCCUUUCUGACAGCGCUGUGGAGGAGAUUGUGGACAGCACAUUCAAUCAGGCAGACACCAACGGCGAUGGUAGGAUAGACCCCAGGGAGUGGGAGGAGUUCGUCAAGAAGAACCCAGCUUCACUGAGGAACAUGUCACUACCCUAUCUUCAGGACAUUACAACGGCGUUUCCAAGCUUUGUAAUGCAUUCAGAAGUUGAAGAUUGCGGCGGAAUCGACAAAUAACAAAAGCGCAUCAGUAAUGUCUAUAUGGUUCGUUUUUUGAACUAAGCCAACCUUGAUGAUGCUGGGAGUCAGUGCGCUCAGAGUGAAGUGAUCUCCAACUGGAAAGCCUGAAGCUCAACUAGGAGUGCGGACGGAACUCUGGUAGCUGGUGAGCGUCAGAUGAUACAUAACCAGACAGUAGAAGGAAAUCUGAUAGCUGACAAGGACAACUGGAAAAAUAUUUUCUUCGUAUCGUUUUAGUGUAGAUGGUAGUGGCCUGAUAAACCUUCUGUUUUUCUUGAAGGGUAUAUCGAGGUUCGGCUUUGACAGUCAAUCUGAUGAACAAACCAGGACUUUUGCGCCAAAAUUUGUAUCGUUAAAUGCAUACUUCAAAGAAAUCCAAAUGUUUUAUGAUGGCACAACUCAA